GCUGAGAAAAAAGAAAUGGAAAGUGGGCGGGGCUACGUGGCGGAGGAGGAAGGCGGCGCAAGGAGACAGGAAAACUCAGCGGCGGUGGUGAGAACUUCCUUUUCCGACGAGGGCCGCGGAGGAGUGAGGAGGCUGCGGCACGAGGCCGAGAUGGCUUGCACUCGUCCUCUAGUCUCGGUGUACUCCGAAAAGGGAGAAGUCUCAGGCAAGAAUGUCACCAUGCCUGCCGUCUUCAAGGCUCCCAUCCGGCCAGAUAUUGUGAACUUCGUUCACACCAAUUUGCGGAAGAACAGCAGGCAGCCCUAUGCGGUCAGCGAACUUGCAGGGCAUCAGACCAGUGCUGAAUCCUGGGGCACUGGAAGAGCGGUUGCUCGUAUCCCAAGGGUUCGUGGAGGUGGAACUCACCGAUCUGGCCAGGGUGCUUUUGGCAAUAUGUGUCGUGGAGGGCGCAUGUUUGCCCCGACCAAGACUUGGCGACGCUGGCACCGUCGGGUGAACAUAACCCAGAAGCGCUAUGCGAUCUGCUCUGCUCUGGCUGCUUCGGCCCUUCCGGCGUUGGUUAUGUCUAAAGGCCAUCGCAUUGAGGAGAUCCCAGAACUUCCUCUGGUAGUUGAAGACAAAGUUGAGGGCUACAAGAAGACAAAGGAAGCUGUUCUGCUGCUUAAGAAGCUGAAAGCCUGGAAUGAUAUCAAAAAGGUCUAUGCCUCUCAGCGUAUGCGCGCAGGCAAGGGUAAAAUGCGGAACCGCCGUCGCAUCCAGCGCAAGGGACCUUGCAUUAUCUACAACGAGGACAACGGCAUCAUAAAAGCUUUCAGGAAUAUCCCAGGAAUUACUCUUCUCAAUGUCAACAAGUUGAACAUCUUGAGGCUUGCUCCUGGUGGCCAUGUUGGACGUUUCUGCAUUUGGACUGAAAGCGCUUUCCGCAAAUUGGAUGAAUUGUAUGGCACCUGGCGCAAGGCGGCCACCCUGAAGAGUAACUACAACUUGCCAAUGCACAAGAUGACCAACACCGAUCUUGGAAGAAUCCUGAAAAGUCAAGAAAUCCAGAAGGCCCUACGUGCACCAAAGAAAAAGAUUCACCGCAGAGUUCUUAAGAAAAACCCACUGAAGAAUUUGAGAAUUAUGAUUAAACUGAACCCAUACGCCAAGACCAUGCGACGCAACACCAUUCUGCGCCAUGCUAAAAAUCACAAACUCAAGGAAGAGAAGAUAGCCAAAGGGAAAGAAAAGGCCCAGGCUCAGGCUGCUGCCGCUGCUGCGAAGAAGAAGAAGAAGACUGAAAGUGCAGCAUAGACCCAGCCAGGUCUGGCUCUUGGCUGCUUCAGGGCUGAAAAGGGCUGUACUGUGGAAGACAGUGAAUAAAAAACAAUUACCCAGA